AAUUCUAAACUGAGAACGGUGCAGGAGCUGUGGGAGGAGGUUGGAAGUGCAUUUUUAAGACCUAAACUGGGGAAACAAUAUGAAGCUUCCUGUGUGUCUUUUGAAAGAGUUUUAGUAGAGAACAAGCUGCAUGGCCUUUCUCCAGCUCUCUCUGAAGCCAUCCAGAGCAUUUCUCGCUGGGAACUUGUCCAGGCUGCGCUCCCGCAUGUGCUGCAUUGCACCGCAACAUUGCUCUCCAACCGAAACAAGCUAGGACAUCAGGAUAAGCUUGGAGUAGCUGAAACAAAGCUUCUUCACACUCUUCACUGGAUGCUGCUGGAGGCCCCUCAGGACUGCAGCAAUGACCGAUUUGGAGGAGACAGAGGCUCUAGUUGGGGAGGGAGCAGUAGCGCUUUUAUCCACCAGGCAGAAAACCAAGGGUCACCAGGACAUCCCCGUCCCAGCACCACGAAUGACGAGGAGGAGAAUAACAGAAGGAAGUUCUUCCAGAACUCCAUGGCCACAGUGGAGCUCUUCGUGUUCCUCUUUGCUCCCCUUGUCCACAGGAUUAAAGAGUCUGACCUGACAUUUCGGUUGGCUAGUGGCCUUGUUAUUUGGCAGCCUAUGUGGGAACACAGGCAGCCUGAAGUUUCUGCCUUCAAUGCCCUUGUAAAACCAAUCAGGAACAUCGUUACAGCUAAGAGAAGUUCUCCCACCAACAAUCAGAGCGUGACUUGUGAAUCUCCUAAUCUGGACAGUGGACAUACUGAGGGGCUACAGGUGGUCUGUGAGACAACUGAGCCAGAUUCUGUACCUCCAAAGGCCAGUGUUUCAGCAUGUCAUCGUGGAAAUUCCUUGGAUGGAAGCGUAUCCUCCCAAACCUCUCAGGAGAGAGGUACUGCACAUCCCAGGGUAUCCUUGGUGAUUCCACCAUGCCAGAAGUCUCGCUAUGCCACAUACUUUGAUGUGGCGGUGCUGCGCUGCCUGCUGCAGCCACAUUGGUCGGAGGAGGGCACACAGUGGUCACUAACAUACUACCUGCAGAGGCUGAGGCACAUGCUACAGGAAAAGCCUGAGAAACCACCUGAGCCAGAAAUCACCCCUUUACCAAGACCUCGCAGCAGCUCAAUGGUGGCUGCUGCACCCUCUCUGGUGAAUACCCACAAAACUCAGGAUCUUACAAUGAAAUGUAAUGAGGAAGAAAAAUCACUAAGUGCAGAGGCAUUUUCCAAGGUUUCGCUGACCAACUUGCGUAGACCAGCAGUUCCAGAUCUCUCCACAGACCUGGGGAUGAACAUCUUCAAAAAAUUUAAGAGCCGCAAAGAGGACAGGGAGCGUGAGCGCAAAGGGUCAAUUCCUUUCCACCAUACUGGGAAAAAGCGGCAACGAAGGAUGGGGGUGCCCUUCCUCCUCCAUGAGGAUCAUUUGGAUGUCUCGCCCACUCGCAGCACUUUCUCCUUCGGCAGUUUCUCUGGAAUCGGAGAGGACCGGCGUGGCAUUGAGAGAGGAGGAUGGCAAACCACCAUAUUAGGAAAGUUUACCAGGCGAGGGAGCUCUGACACAGCGACGGAGAUGGAGAGCCUGAGCGCUAGGCAUUCACACUCUCAUCACACGCUGGUCUCUGAUCUGCCCGACCACUCAAACAGCCAUGGAGAAAACACAGUCAAAGAAGUGCGGUCCCAGAUCUCCACCAUCACUGUGGCAACCUUCAACACUACCCUGGCCUCAUUCAAUGUGGGCUACGCCGAUUUCUUCAGUGAGCACAUGAGAAAGCUUUGCAACCAGGUGCCCAUCCCUGAGAUGCCCCAUGAGCCACUCGCAUGUGCCAACCUCCCGCGGAGCCUGACAGACUCCUGCAUCAAUUACAGUUGCUUGGAGGAUACAGAUCACAUUGAUGGAACCAACAACUUUGUCCACAAGAAUGGCAUGCUGGAUCUCUCGGUGGUCCUGAAGGCUGUUUACUUGGUCCUGAACCAUGACAUCAGUUCCCGGAUUUGUGAUGUGGCACUGAACAUUGUGGAGUGUUUACUUCAGCUUGGUGUGGUGCCCUGUGUAGAGAAGGUUCGGAGGAAGAGUGAGAACAAAGAAAAUGAGGCCCCUGAAAAGAGACCAAGUGAAGGAUCCUUCCAGCUCAAAGGGGCUGCUUCUGGUGUUUCAGCUUGUGGAUUUGGGCCUCCCCCAGUUAGUGGAGCUGGAGAUGGAGGAGAAGAAGGAGGUGGUGGAAGUGGUGGAGGAGGUGGAGGUGGAAGUGAUGGAGGUGGUGGAGGAGGAGGAGGACCGUAUGAGAAGAGUGACAAAAAACAGGAAAAGGAUGAAGGCCCGUCUGUCAGCACCCACAGGCUGGCACUCACAAUGCUGAUCAAAAUUGUGAAGUCCCUGGGUUGUGCCUAUGGUUGUGGAGAAGGACACCGAGGGCUCUCUGGAGAUCGCCUGAGACACCAGGUAUUCCGGGAGAAUGCUCAGAACUGCCUCACAAAGCUGUACAAACUGGAUAAGAUGCAGUUCCGGCAGACCAUGAGGGAUUAUGUGAACAGGGAUUCUCUCAAUAACGUGGUGGAUUUCCUGCAUGCUUUACUGGGAUUCUGCAUGGAGCCAGUCACCGACAACAAGGCUGGAUUUGGGAAUAACUUCACCACAGUGGACAACAAGUCUACAGCCCAGAGUGUAGAAGGUAUUAUUGUGAGUGCCAUGUUCAAGUCACUGAUCACUCGCUGUGCUUCCACUACACAUGAGCUGCACAGCCCGGAAAACCUGGGCUUGUACUGCGAUAUCCGACAGCUGGUCCAGUUUAUCAAGGAGGCUCAUGGGAAUGUAUUUCGGAGAGUGGCACUCAGUGCCCUCCUAGACAGCGCUGAAAAGUUAAUACCAGGAAAAAAAACAGAGGAAACAGAGCAAGAGCCAAAACCUUCUGGGAGUAAAAGAUCUGAGGUGGGAAGCGUCAUCAUUGACAAAAGCCAGGCAUCAGCUGCCCCUGAUGAAUGUCGUAGUUACAUCUCAAGCCGCCCAAUGCAAACUCCAGAACAUGAUGAGCAAAUCCAAGGGGCCGUUCUGGGACGCAAGGACUUCUGGCGAAAGAUGUUCAAGUCACAGAGUGCAGCGAGUGAUACCAGUAGUCAGUCUGAGCAGGACACAUCCGAGUGCACCACUGCUCACUCUGGGACCACCACCGACAGGCGCUCCCGCUCCCGUUCCCGACGAAUCUCCCUUCGAAAGAAACUCAAACUCCCCAUAGGGAACUGGCUGAAGCGCUCCUCCCUUUCUGGCCUGGCUGACGGGGUGGAAGAUCUCCUAGAUAUCAGCUCUGUCGACCGUCUGUCUUUCAUCAGGCAGAGUUCCAAGGUGAAGUUUACCAGCGCAGUGAAGCUGUCAGAAGGAGGGGGGCCAGGAGGUGGCCUGGACAAUGGGAGAGAUGAAGAGGAGAAUUUCUUCAAGCGUCUUGGUUGCCAUAGCUUUGAUGAUCACUUGACCUCCAACCAAGAAGGAGGAAAAUCCAAGAACGUUGUGAACCUGGGAGCAAUCCGCCAAGGCAUGAAGCGUUUUCAGUUUCUCCUGAACUGCUGUGAACCAGGCACUAUCCCUGAUGCCUCCAUUUUGGCAGCAGCCCUAGAUCUUGAAGCUCCUGUAGUGGCGAGAGCAGCCCUGUUCCUCGAGUGUGCACGCUUUGUUCACCGCUGUAAUCGUGGCAACUGGCCCGAGUGGAUGAAGGGCCACCAUGUGAACAUUACUAAGAAAGGCCUGUCCCGUGGACGUUCCCCCAUUGUGGGCAACAAAAGGAACCAGAAGCUGCAGUGGAACGCAGCUAAGCUCUUCUACCAGUGGGGAGAUGCAAUUGGUGUCCGCCUCAACGAGCUGUGCCAUGCUGAGAGUGAGAGCCCUGCCAACCUGCUGGGCCUCAUUUAUGAUGAGGAGACCAAGAGGCGCCUGAGAAAGGAGGAUGAGGAAGAAGACUUUUUAGAUGACAGCACUGUGAAUCCUACCAAAUGUUGUUGUCCUUUUGCACUGAAAAUGGCAGCCUGUCAGCUUCUCCUGGAGAUAACCACUUUCCUUCGAGAUUUGCCCAGGCCACGUACUGAGCCUCUUGUGGAUCUGGAGAGCUGCAGGCUGCGUCUGGACCCUGAGAUGGACCGGCACAGGUAUGAAAGAAAGAUCAGCUUUGCUGGGGUUUUGGAUGAAAAUGAAGAUUCAAAGGAUUCCCUGCACAGCAGCAGUCACACCCUCAAAUCUGAGGCUGGUUUCGAGGAGAAAAAAGUUCCCAGCAGGAAGAUCAGGAUAGGAGGCUCCCGCUUGCUCCAGAUUAAAGGAACCCGCAGUUUCCGGGUGAAGAAGGGGGGUUCCCUUUCCAGCAUUCGCCGGGCCGGCAGCCUAAAGAGCACCAAGUUAUCACGGCAGGACUCAGAGUCUGAGAAUGAGGAGCUGCAGCUGUCCCACAGCAGGGACACUGUCACUGAUAUAGAAGGGAGCCCUUGGAGCGCGAGCGAGCCUAGCAUUGAGCCCGAGGUGCUGAGCAACACAGGCACAGAGGAGAACUAUCAUCGGAACAUGUCGUGGCUGCAUGUUAUGAUCCUAUUAUGCAACCAGCAAAGUUUCAUAUGUACCCACAUUGACUACUGUCACCCACACUGCUACCUCCAUCACAGUCGGUCCUGUGCUCGCCUUGUCCGGGCCAUCAAACUCCUGUAUGGAGACACUGUGGACUCUCUGCGAGAAAACAACACAUUGAACAGCGUGGCAAGAGGCAAAAAACAAAAGGAA